AUGGAGAGCUAUAAAGAAAUGGUGAACAACUCCAGGAUCAUCCUGGAUGAUGGGAACUACGGGUUUUGGAAAGCUAGGAUCAGAUCCAUGAUCAAAGGGAUCGAUCCACUGGCAUGGAAGGCAGUAACUGAUAAAUGGGAAGAAGCACUGGUAGCUGAUGCCAACGGAGUCUUUCAUCCAAAACCAGAAGAAAGUUGGACUGAAGAGGAGUUAAAAAGAGCAAAGUACAAUUCAAGGGCGUUGACUACCAUUCACACCAACGUUUCAAGAAAGACUUUUGAGCUGAUUCAAGGUGUUGAGACUGCCAAAGAAGCAUGGGACAUACUUCAGAUGCAGUACAAAGAAACAACAAAGGUUCAAAACUCCAGAAAGGACAUGCUUGCUUCUCGCUUUGAGAAUCUAAAGAUGGAGGAGGAUGAAACCAUCUUAGAAUUCAGUUCGAAACUGAGUGCUCUGGCACAAGAAGCAGCGGUGUUAGGCAAAAAAUACAAGGACAAAAAGCUGGUGAAGAAAUUUUUGAGGUGUCUGCCAUCGAGGUUUAUGGGGUACAAAUCAGCACUCAGUGUGUCCAGUAACACAGAGAACAUGCCAUUCAGUGAACUUGUGGGCAUGCUGAAAGCUCAUGAGAUGGAGCUAGACAGUCUGAAGAAGCCUAAAAGUCUAGCUCUAAAGUGUGAAAACCGUAUCACUGAAGAUGAGGAAGACGAUCCCAUAAGUCUUCUGGUUCAGAGGUUUGAUCGUGCUUUGCGGAAAACUGGGAAACCUCAGAAGAAGGUUGCCUCCUUCAAGAAGACAACUGAAGGGGACAAGCCUAGCAGAAAGAGUGAGGUACAGUGUCAUGAGUGCAAGGGAUAUGGACAUUUCAAGAAUGACUGCCCGACUAUCAAGCGACGGGAGAUUCAGUGCUAUGGCUGCAAAGGAUUUGGACACACACAGCUGGAAUGUGUCAAUGAUCAAAAUCGCAGGAAGGACAAGUCCAUGUUGGCUGAGAAAGAAUCAGAUGAUGAUUCAGAAGAUGACUCAGUCGAAGAGACAAACAACUUCGUGAUAUUUAUCGGGAUCGCUGAAAUUGAGGAGGGACAAGAGUCAGAGUCAGAGCCUGAAGAAGAAAAGGAGGAUGAUCUCAUGAGCAGCUACAAGGAGGUACGUCAUGUCCUGGUUAGUCUCAACCAAGAAAACAGUGAGUUGAAGAAAGAAAACCAGAGACUGUCUGUACUAGUAGACAAGCUCAGCAAAGAUCUCGAAGCAGCAAACGCACUUGGCCAAGGAAGUGUCAAUCUGAUCAUGGAGAAGCUGGAGUUAGCCAACAAAGCUGAAGGUCUGAGGCAGCAUUUAAAGGUUGAAAAGCAGAUAACGGAGAAGCUGGAGUCUGAACUAGAUCAGCUAAAGAAGCAGAUUCAUAUGUUCGCAGGAACCAAGCAACUGGACAAGAUCCUGAGCUACGGAUGCCAAGGCAAUACGAAGCAUGGAUUGGGGUACAGUGGAAAGGAACAGAAGAGCUCAGAUGAAAUCAAGUUUGUCUCAUCAGGGUACAACCGGCCUGAAGAUCAAAGACCUGUCACCAAACUGCGAAAAGGACGAGAGUACUAUUACUGUGGCAAGAUCGGACAUAUCAAGGCAUACUGCUACAGCAGAUGGAACAGGGUUCAGAAACUGAUGAAGCAACGGAAGUUCAGUUGGAAUGGACCCACAAAUCAAGUCUGGCUCAGGAAAGAGGAUUUGCGAUUCGAGCCUAAGGGACAACAGAAGAAGAAUUCCUUCAAGCCAAGAGAAUUCACUGUUAAGAGAUCUUUCAGGGAUGAUCCAAUGUCAAUGAUGUGGCAUGGAUUCAAGUGCAACAUGGCCCAAGUUAAGAGCGACGAAGACGAGUCAGAUCCUUGGUACUUCGAUAGUGGCUGCUAA